GUCUCAGGUGAUGCUGCCAGGCGCCAGCGGACCUGACUGGCUGUCACUGUGGACGAAAGCCCUGGUUUCCGUUAUUGACGGUUCUGGUGGACAGCGGUCGUUGUAGCUGGGUCUCCUGUUUUGGAUUCUUGUUGUCUUAUAAUGAGUGACAUUUUGCCAUUAGAUGUCGUUGGUAGGAGAGUUGAAGUUAAUGGAGAAUUUGCAACAGUGCGCUUUUGUGGUGAUGUUCCUCCUGUGGCAGGACUCUGGUUAGGAGUCGAAUGGGACAAUCCCGAGAGAGGAAAGCAUGAUGGGAGCCAUGAAGGUACUAUGUAUUUUAAAUGCAGGCACCCAACAGGAGGCUCCUUUGUUCGUCCAAACAAAGUUAAUUUUGGAGUAGACUUUCUUACGGCCCUUAAGAAGCGGUAUGUGCUAGAAGAUGGGUCUGAUGAUGAUGGAAAAUCAUGUUCCUUAAAAGUUGGAAGUAAACAAGUGCAAACUGUUGGUUUUGACAAUAUUACAAAGAAGCAGAGUCAGCUGAGAGCACUGCAAAACAUAUCCCUGUGGAAGUGUGCUGUGAGUCAUGCUGGUGAACAAGGAAGAAUUGCUGAAGCCUGCCCCAAUAUUCGAGUUGUAAAUUUGUCCAAGAACUUGUUGUCAUCUUGGGCUGAAGUGGUUCUUAUUGCAGAGCAGCUCAACAACCUGGAGGUUCUCGAUCUCAGUGAAAAUAAACUGCAGUUUCCUUCUGACUCACCAACUCCAACUGGAACAUUUUCUAAUCUGAAGAUUUUAGUCCUAAACAAAAUGGGAAUAACGUGGACUGAGGUGCUGCGCUGUGCCCCUUCAUGGCCAGUCCUGGAGGAACUUUACCUCAAGUCUAACAGUAUUUCCAUUUCAGAAAGGCCAGUGAACGUCCUGCAGAAGAUGAGGCUUCUAGACCUUUCCUCUAACCCAGCAAUUGAUGAAAGCCAGCUGUGCCUCAUAGCAUAUCUGCCCAGAUUAGAACACCUACUCAUUUCUGACACUGGACUUUCUUCUAUACAUUUCCCGGAUGCUGGAAUUGGGUGCAAAACAUCCAUGUUCCCGUCCUUGCAGUACCUCGUAGUCAAUGACAACCAAAUAUCAGAAUGGUCAUUUAUCAAUGAGCUAGAUAAAUUACAGAGCCUACAGGCUCUGUCCUGUACUAGAAACCCCUUGACUGAAAGAGACAAAGCAGAGGAGAUCAUCAUUGCCAAGAUUGGUCAGCUGAAGACCCUGAACAGGUGUCAGAUUCUUCCAGAGGAAAGGCGUGGAGCUGAGCUUGAUUACCGAAAAACCUUUGGAAAUGAAUGGAAAAAGGCUGGUGGACAUCCGGAUCCAGACAAAAACAGGCCAAAUGCAGAGUUUCUUUCGGCCCAUCCUAGAUACGAGCUUCUCUGCUGCAAAUACGGUGCACCUGAAGAUGAGGAACUCAAAACACAGCAGCCAUUCAUGCUCAAAAAUCAGCUACUAACACUGAAGAUAAAAUGCUCAAACCAAGUUGAACAGAAAGUAUUAGAAAAGCAGUUGCCAGAUUCCAUGACAAUUCAAAAGGUAAAGGGACUGCUGUCACGUCUUCUCAAAGUUCCUGUGUCAGAACUUCUGUUGUCCUAUGAAAGUCCCAAGAUGCCGGGCAGAGAAAUUGAACUAGAAAAUGACCUACAGUCAUUACAGUUUUAUUCUGUGGAGAAUGGAGAUUGUCUACUAGUGCGAUGGUAACAGUCCAGCCCUAAGAGUUUAGCGACUGGAAUGUUGUAUACACCAGAAACAAAAACUCUGCCCUCACAAAGGAUGUAUGUUUUGUUGGGAAAGGACCAUUUGGUUGUAUAUUAAUAGAAUAAUAAAGGCGUUGAUUACUAGUGA